GCUCACACACCGUGAAAGGGCAUGCCAAACGUGGCCGUCGGGCCUUGUUCUAGCAUGCAAGGGCGAUUUCAUUUAUGAGUGUAGCAACACAAAGCGUUUGUUCACAAGCAUAGCCCUUUCAACGGAUAAAAAGACUUCGCUGCUUUGUCCUGGUCCUCAGAAUUCAGAAUUCUUCCUCGAUUAUCCUUCUGCGACCAGCGCAUCCGACCCAGUAGCCAUUCGCUCAGUCUCGGUCGACUCCGAGAGCAUCCAUUCUCUUGAGCAUCUGUGUCCGAGAGGUUCGACCGCAUACUCCGCAGGCCAAGAUGCUCCUCCGGGUCAACCUCGUUGUAUUCUACUUCUUCAUUGCUUCCUUGAAUCUGUUCGCUGCGGCGAACCCCUUGCCGGCCAUCGUUCCGUACACCGAAGGCGUACAGUUGUUCAAGGAUGUGAUUGCUCGUGGGGAGGAUAUUGUCGUUACUGAGGGUGUUGCAGAUGUCGACAACGAUCCAGUAAAACGCGGGCCGGAAGCUGCGCCAGAUCCUCUUCCUGGUGAAGAUACAGACGUCGAUGAGCGGUUCUGCCGCUUUGGUUGUCUCUAAGCUUCUGGGAAGCACAGUUAGAUGUCUUCAUUGUUAACCCUGCAUCCGAGAUAAACAUGCUCGCUUAAUGCGCCCGUGCACUUGUUUAAGUCAAAGGACUUGUAUUGUGCUCCCUAUCCCGUCUUGGUUGGUCUACAAAGAUUCGUUCUCCCUCCCUCCUGCUCAUAAUUCUCUUUGGUUCCUGUGCUGGCUAGUGUAUCUAUGACCUUGCUUUUGCUCUGGACUCUUCUGGCGGAUGUUUUGUUUCUGAUUGACGGCUACUAGAUCAUUGUAAAGUCGGUCCCUACUCACUCUUUUGUCGCUACUGUAUCAGUAAAUUAUAUGUGCCUUCUGGGGUGCAUUUUCAGUGAGCUUGGGAUCAAACAUUCUCAUGUGGCAAGUCCCGAGUGUGCGACCAAGUACC